AUGGCGGUAGAGACGCUGCGGCUGAGGAAGGAGGGCUUUGUGGCCGGGGAGAAGGAGCAGCCGGGGGCGGCGGUGGCGGCGGCGGCGCCGGGGGGCCAGGGGAAGGAGGCGCACUUCCGGGGGGUGAGGAAGCGGCCGUGGGGGAGGUUCGCGGCGGAGAUCAGAGACCCAUGGAAGAAGACAAGGAAAUGGCUGGGGACCUUCGACACGGCGGAGGAAGCGGCCCGGGCCUACGACGAGGCCGCCCGCAACCUCCGUGGCCCCAAGGCCAAGACCAACUUUGGCUACUCCGCCGACGUCGCCGAGAUCCCGUCCUCCGCCACUGUCACCGUCGCCGCUGCCUCCCCGGCGGCUGGCUGGGACCUCCAGCAGUGGCGAUCGGCCUACCCGGGGCCGCCGGACGGGAGGGAUCUGUUCCUUGGGCUGCCGGCGGCGGGCGGAUCGGACUUCUCCGGGUACCGGUUCGAGGCGGUGGAGGUGGUGGUUCGGGGCGAGCAGGAGAAGAAGAUGAUGGCGGCGAUGGCCAGAAAGGAGGACGAGAUAAAGAAGAAGCCCUUAGGCUUCGAUCUCAACCUCCCCGCCCCUCUCUUCUAA